AUGGAUUUGUCUGUUGAAUGUGGUACGUCUAAUGUUCUUCAUGCUUUUACCCCUGGUGGAACGAAGAUAUGGAUUCCAUGUUGUGAUAGUGAAAUUAGACCAACUAUAGGUAUGAAAUUUUCAAAACUUGAUGAAGCUGGGUUUAAAGAAAAACGAAAUAAUGUGGUGACAAAGAAAGUUGAUAGUAUCGGGGAAGAAGAUGAUAAAUUUGUAGAUGAUAUGAAUGUUGAAGAAGUGGUUGUUGGUCAAGAUAAAGAAGACUAUGAUUGUCAAGAAGCGAAUACUCCUAUGGUUAAAAGAAGAUUGUCUACUCGAGUUGGUUGUAAGGCAAAGAUGAUUUUAAAGUAUUGCGAAGAUGGAGGUUACAUUGUUUCUAAUUUUGAAGAAGGGCAUACUCAUCAUAUGUAUUCAUCCGAGAACUCUCAUUUUCAGAAGUCCAAAAGAAAGCUUACAAUGUUUCAUAAGAAAAUGAUAAUUGAUAAUUCAAAGGUGAAUAUUGGUCCUGUCAAGACAUACAGAAUGGUGAAGGAAUAUGUUAGUGGGUAUGAGAAUAUAGGUGCUAGUAGGAAUGACUUCAAAAAUUUUCAUAGAGAUUGGAAGGCGUAUAUUGAAGGAUCGGACGCCCAGAUGUUUGUUGAUAAUUUUAAGAGGAAAAAGUUGAUGUGGUCGGCUUAUUUUUUUUAUUACGAAAUGGAUGAAGACGACUGUCUAUGUAGAGCUUUAUGGGAAGAUCCUAUUUGCCGGAGAAAUUAUGCCGUAUUUGGUGAUAUGCUCUCGUUUGAUACAACCUACCAAAGCAACAGAUAUAAUAUAGUGGUUGGUCCAUUCACGGGAGUCAAUCACCACAAGAAAUGUGUCACUUUUGCUGCUGGUUUUAUUGUAAAGGAAGAUGUUGCUUCAUUCCAAUGGCUAUUUAGAACAUUUGUUAAGGCAAUGGGCGGUAGGGAGCCCAAUUUUUUAAUUACGGAUCAAGAUCCAGCUAUGAAAAUUGCUGUAAAUUCUGUUUUCCAGCAAUGUGAGCACAGAUUUUGUAUGUGGCACAUAAUGAAAAAGCUGCCUGAUAAAGUUGGAAGGAAUAUCAUUUAG